UACCGGACUGUUACACCACCGUAACAAUAUACUCCGUAUAAAUUUAAUCCCAGGCGGAGAGACAAUCUCAAUUUUCGAUUCAAGAGAUCCGAGUUCAGGACUCAGGUCGCCAGGCACUCCGCCAGCCCGGGACUCAGGCGAUUCACCGACGCCGGCGACGCCGACACAGGUCACGCAGCGCACCAGCCACCAGUUCGGGACGCCACCCUCUUGGCCUCUUCCAUUUCCAAUUAUUACUGCAAUUUUAAGGUUUAAAUUAAUUUUUAAGAAAGAGCUUCCUUAACUCGCCGAUCAACCCGCUGUGUACUUUCAAGUGUGUACUCUCACGCACGAUGAAGCUCUCCUUUACUCUCCCAUCAAAGGCCUCUUCAAGCGUAAAGAAACCAUCCCAGUCCAUCAUUGUUGAAGACCCAGAAGUUGCAGCGUCCACCGCCAAAGAGUUUGUGACGGAGUUCGAUUCCUCAAAAGCUCCGGCCAAAGCGGACUCUUACUCCAAUGUUGUAAUCGCUCCCAUUGCAAACGAAUGGGAGCCUCGCAAACGGAUGAAGAAUCUCGACCUACCUUCACUCAGAUCGGCUGACGAUCAGCCGUUGCUAUUCGAGGUAGACACCGGCUCGUCUGUUGAACCCUCAUCUGAAUCUGUGUCCUACGGCUUAAAUAUCCGCAAGUCGAUCGGAAAAAGUGCCGAUAAUGUGAACUCGGAUGGGCCACAAAACCCUAAUCCCGACCCCACGUUACGUAGACUAAAAGAGGAUCUGAAGAGGCUUCCUGAUGGUAAUAGUAUGGAUGUGUAUGAUGAAAUGCCCGUGGAGAACUUUGCAACAGCUUUGCUCAAGGGGUAUGGUUGGUAUGAAGGCAGAGGUGUUGGCCGGAAUGCGAAAGAGGACGUGAAAGUGGUAGAAGUCAAAAAAUGGUCCGCAAAGGAAGGGAUUGGUUUUGCUGCUGCAUUACCAAAGACUGACGGAGGUAAUAAAGCCCAGAAGAAUGGCAGUGAUGAAAAGAGAGAUACCAAAAAUCCAAAUGGGAAGGAAGAAAGAAGGGAAAAAGAAGAUAAAGAACUGUUUGUCGGUAAGCACGUGAGGAUAGUUGGAGGUAGGGAAAUGGGGAUGAAGGGAAAGGUACUGAAGGUAAAAAGCAAUGGGAAUGUGGUUAUAAGGCUUUCCAAUGAUGACAGGGAGGUGAUUGUUCAAGCUUCUGAUGUUGCUGAGUUUGGUUCUGUAGAAGAGGCGAAAUGUAUGAGGAAGUUGAAGGAACUUAAGAUUCAAGAAAGCAAUGAAGAUUCAUCACGCAUUAGACAUCGGAGUGAACCAAGGGAAGAACCUAGGAGGGAUAGGAAAGUUAGGGAUGAUAGACCAACAGACAGGAGAAAGGAGAACAAGCAAAGUAGAGACGAGUCAAAUGGAAAGAGAGCUGAACAAAUUUCUUGGCUAACCAGUCAUAUAAGAGUUAGGAUUAUAAGUAAGGAUUUGAAAGGGGGGGAGUUAUAUUUGAAGAAAGGAGAAGUCCUGGAUGUGGUCGGACCAUCAAUGUGUGAUAUAUCAGUGGAUGACAGUCGGGAGUUGAUCCAAGGUGUGAAUCAGGACCAGCUUGAGACUGCCCUCCCAAAACGUGGCGGUCCUGUCCUUGUUUUGUAUGGAAGGAAUAAGGGUGUGUUUGGAAGCCUUGUGGAGAGAGAUAGUGAGACGGAAACAGGUGUUGUCCGAAAUGCAGAUACACAUGAGCUGCUUAAUGUGCGGCUUGAGCAAAUAGCAGAAUAUACUGGAGAUCCUGACCACAUUGGCUACUAACCUAUAUCCUUACAAAUGUUGCUGGUUGGUGAUGUAUUGCCAAUUGAAAUCAAAGGUAUCUUUGUGGUUUAUGCUUGUUUCAUUGAUCUGGCAUAGUAUAUUGUAUUCAAUGGUUGAAAUUUUAUCUUCUUUUUAUCUUCUUUAUUUAUACGAUGUAUUGUUAUUAUCCAGAUAUUGUAAGAUGUGUGGAUCCUUGUCUUGGGUAUGGUGUGACUGUAGUAUAUAUGCUGAAAUAUAUUUAACUUUUCAGGGGAAGAUCGGAAAUGUGAUUCAUAUAUUUCCAACAAGUAGAAUGUAGAUCCCCCACACUUAUAGUUGGGUUUCUAGAGAAGUAGAUAUCUAUUGUAAUGUGCAUGUAAGAUACUAUCUUUCAUACUACACUGAUACGUUCUUCAUUUUACAAGGAGUUUGAUGACCCGAUUUUAAAAAAUAAACACAAG